CGCUGAUCGCAAAAUCUACCGAAAGGCCCUUGCCUGGCCAACUGACGAGACACUAGCUGUUGUCAUAGCCUUCGUGUUUCAACGUCCCUCAGAAAAGAGUCGCGUCUCAGCUUAAUUUCGCGUCUAAGGGUCUGAGAGAUCCGGAUUUCACUUACAAGCAAGUCCUGGUACUACCUUGUACCCUUUCGACGUGGUACGCCAGGUAUUCUGGCUCCAACGUGUCAGACACCCGUUGCAUGCCGCUUGCCCGCGGGGGCCUAUCGCUGUCCAAACUGGUCAAUGUAAUGGUCAUCCCUCUUUGGACAUGUGGGACACACACUCUGAUUUUCACAUCGGCUUUCCAAUUCCAUCGAAGAGUCGUACCGCCCCUACGUGACCUAACACGAUUCCCAAUCUGGUUCUCAUCAUGGCCUUGCGUUUCUGGGUCUCCGGCAGCUUCUUCCGCACAACCACAUCUCUAAAGCAAGGUAAUCCGGUACGAACCGGUCUAUCCAGCCGCUACCAAUAUAUCAGGUCUCGCAUAUCUCCUGCGCUACAUAAACGUGUGGUUGAUGGUGGCACUUCUGCCAGAAAGAAGAAGGGAUUGUCAUACAUCUACCCGAUUAUGACACAUAAGACCUUUCUUCUAGCAGACAAGGACAUUGAAUUGUCUAUCCUGGCAAUUGUCUGUUUUUCAAUGCAAUGCCUGAAACUGGAUGAUCCAAAAUGGCAGACCAUAUGGUCGCCCAUCACUGUCCCUGGUGUGACAAAUCAGCCACUUUCGGCACGAUUUCUGGACGACACACAGAAAUCGUAUUCUGGGGCACCUGCAGGCGUCUGGCGUCUGAGAGACUACUGGAUUAUCCAGGAUGUACAAGGGCUUGCGGCAGUCCAGAAGUUGGAAACUAUCAACUUCCGUCCAGGCAUCGUGGUGGUACGCAAGGAUGAAGCAUAUUAUCCAUACAUCGGGUUGGUGAAGCGUGAGGAGCCUGCACUGAGUCAAUAUUCACUGAUAGAGCAACAUAGCCCCUUUUAA